AUUAGCCAUUCCUGACUGCGCCAUUAUAAAAUAACCUGGUCUCAGUGUAGAAGUGGAAUCAUGCGACUUUUAUGACUAACUCUUUUCAGAGUUGGUUGUUUUUAUCACGUUUGCGCGGAAUCGUGUUUUAUUUUUUAACAAACGAACAAAUAAACUAAGCUAAACAAUGGGGGAAGGAGUUCGGUGCACCACCCGGAAGUUGGUACGUCAGUAAAUACGUUCCCCCCGCCCCGUGAGAGGCGUUUUAGCGGCAUGCAGAAUGGACACAGUGUAAAUGAGAUUAUUUGUCGGGUUUGUGAGGAAACAUUACCAUGAGAUUAUAUUAGUAUUAAUGCACAUAUGUCUGGGCUCGAGGUGAACUUCUCGAAGAAGAAAAAACAGGACGGAAUGGAGAACUCGGAGGAACCGGGGGCGCACUCAUGAUGUCAGCAGAAGGGUGGUAAAGUUGUGUGAGUGUAAUUGGUCAAACUCGUCUGUGUCUCAGCCCCUGUAUGUUUGUGCUCUGUUCAGGCUCAGUGCUCUUCAGAGAGCAUUUCUCUGUCUUCUGUGACCAUCUCCGACUUCUCCGACGAGAUUUUACUGCACAUCCUGAGCUACAUUCCCACUUACGACCUGGUGCUCAGUGUGAGUCGGGUGUGUCGAAUGUUUCAGACUCUGUGCCAGGACAAGAGUCUGAUUUCUCACGUACGGCUCCAGAAAGAGUACAGAGUGAGUGAUGAAGCUUUGAGGAAAGUGCUGAAGGAUCUUAGUGGUGACGUCCAGACCCUGGAGGCGAGCGGAUGUUAUUGGUUAGCCGGAAGUACCCUUGAUGUUGUGACCCGCUGCGUCGGACUGGUCAGGCUGGACGUGUCAGGCUGGCGCGUGACCGCCGCACGUCUGUCGCGUCUCCUGGGUUCGCUGCGUCUGCUGCGCUCGCUGGCGCUGGACAUCGGGACGGGAUUCGACCUGCAGCAGCUGAGCGGCGAGGGCAAAGCGGCCCUGUCGCGCCUGAGCGAGCUGAAGCAGACCCUCCUGACGCCUUCGUACGGUGUGGUGCCGUGCUGCGGAGCCUUACAGAGCUUGAGUCUGCACUUGGAAGUGGCUGAGGGUUGGCACGAGCCCAGUGCACACCUCCAGCUGAUGGUGGGGCAGAGCAGUGUGCCGCGUUACCACAAUCUGCACUGGUUCUCGGCGCGUCUGGCACCCGGAGAGGUCAAUCGAGCGCUGCUUAGUCUCUUUUUAGCCGCGUUUAGCAUGCGUGUUCCCGAGGGCCUCACCGGGCUGGUCGUCGCCAUGCCCAGUCCUGCCCCGCCUAUUCCUGCCUCCGCCGGCUUACUGACUCAGGGCAUUUUAUCAGCCGGGACUGCGAUCAGCGCGUUUCAGCUUCCCCAGUCGUGGCUGGAUGGCGCCACGUUGAGGCGGAUUUUGGGAUACGGAUGUCCGGCUUACUUGAACAUGUCGCGCUGUGCGGUGCCGGGAUUUGCACCGCUGUGCGUGUUAUUAGGCGCCAGGUGCGAACUUUCCCCGCUGCGUAGCCUCAACCUGCGCGGUAAAACGGAGGAGGAAGUGGACGCGGAGGGCAUCAGGACACUUAUUGAAUCGUGUCCGCGACUUACCCACUUCAAUCUGACCUCCACGCACUACCAUCAUAACACCCCAGAAAAGCUUGACGGCCACCUGUGCGUGGCUCUAGGACAUCUUCGUCACCUUCGAUCGCUAGCCCUUCCUGCGUGCGCGCUGUCACAGGGGCCACCCGUGCCAUCCAACAAAGCGGAUCUGGCUGCGAAAACGUCCUCCGAGUCACUGCUGCUUGGGCUGAUGAAGACCCGGCGCGUCGGCGUUCCGACCUACCAGCCGUCGCUCGACAACACGGGGGCGCUAAAGCAGGAGCAGGAGGGUGAAUCAGAGUCUUUCCUGCACCCGUUAAUUACCGGCUGCCCGUAUCUGGUCGAGCUGGAGCUGAUCGGAACGGGGUUCCUCUCAGCCAUGCCCAGGUACGAGCCAGCCAUGCGCAAAGAUCCCGCCGCCUGCUCCUGGUCCUUCCAGGUCAGAGACGAGCAGCUGGCGGCGUUGGGGAAGCUCCGCUUCUUGCGCAGGCUCACUUUGGCUCACCUGCCCGGGGUCCUAAAGGGUACUGGGCUUGUCCAGCUCGCUCUGGGGUGCAGGGACCUUCAGGUGUUAUCCCUUGCCAACCUCGGGUCAUUAAAGACUGUCAAUUACGCAGCGGCUCUGCAGGAGGCACUCAGACACUGCACACAGCUCAGAGAGUUCAGAUUGGAGCAGCCGUACUUCAGCGCCAACGCCUCCUUCUUUGAGGCGCUGACUCACUGCCGCCUCCUCCAGCGCCUCUGCCUCGUCUCGCGCCAUGGGACGUUCCAGCACCCUGCCGCCUUCACUUUCAUGCAACGCUGCGAGGACGUCGUGAUGUUCCACAUGUUCACCGGAGGAACUCUCGUGGCCUGUAAAACACUGCAGAAAACACUGCUGGACAGUUUGUCUGCAUCCCGUCCAGCUCUUAGUGUGGUGGUCUACCCGCUUCUUCAUGAGGACUUGGGGAACGUGAUCAGGGAAAUGCCUCUGUGCCAUCUGGACGAGAUCACUCUCUUCAAGACUCGUGUGGCAGAAGAUCCCACUGUGCUGUGAGAGAGAUAGAGACACGUCUGACAUUGUGUUGUGACCGAUGCAAACCGAACGCAAAAGACCCAAUAAAGGAGUGCCAAAAUCCCACCACUCAUAAAACAAA